AUGCCUUCGCUUCUGACCAGUCUUUUUCGCUUUGCAAUCGUCAAGGGACGGCCCACACUCGCUCCGGCCACUGUCGCUCUCAUUCGUGCCAUUAAACGCGCAGUUCACACUCCCUAUGUUUCAGUUUCUUUAUCUCAUCAAUAUCGGUCUCUGCGUCUCCUUGGGACAGGUUUUUUUUACGGAUGGGGGAAAUUCUCCUGUCAACGAACGGCAGAUGUCUCUCCCUCUCCCAACCAGCUAUUUGCUUCUCAAGCUCGUCGACGACCUUGA